UUUAAAAUUCAUACGAAAAAAGUGUUGGCAUUAUAAAUUUAGGAUUAACAAAUACGCAGGUUCAGUCAUGAUUAACCUGAAUGUCCUAUUGUGGGUAACCCUGGGCACAUUAGGAUCUUGCGCUGAAGUGACAGUGGUUAUAAAUGGGACGGUGGUGGACUGUAGAGGUUCACCAUGUGCUUGUUGUAACGGAGGAGUGAAACGAUGUAACUGGGAAGAGUAUUGUGAUGCUGGCUGCGUUGAUACAAUAUGGGGGUAUAGAUGUAAAAACAUCUGUUAUGGAAACUGUUAUACAUGCCAACAGGAGUUUGGAAUACCAUGUAACGAAUGUAAGAAUACAUUUUAUGAUGCAAGCAGUAACUGUAAUGAGAGCUGUUCAGUCGGUUGUAAUAAUGGAAGCUGUUUUGAUGAUGGAACUUGUAGUCAAUGCACUGAAAAUUUUGAAGGCGUUAAAUGCGAGACAUGUAAUCAAGGAAAAUAUGGUUCUAAUUGUUCAAACGAUUGCCUCCAUCAAAACUGCCGAUGUACAAAUGGAACUAAUUGUGAUUCUUGUAAAGCUGGAUUCUACGGAAGGACUACCUACUGUCAAUCACCUUGUUCCGCGGGAUGUCAGAACGGCGAAUGCAAUGACGAUGCAAGUUGUACAUGUCGACAAGGCUUUGUUGGUUCCCUUUGCAUGGAAUGUAUCACUGGACAUUAUGGAGAAGAAUGCGACACGAGAUGCUCUGGUGGAUGCAGUGACAGUAUGUGUCUGCGAAAUGGAACAUGUAAUCAAUGCAGGCCUGGUUAUUAUGGAGAACAAUGCAACAAUAUAUGUGCUUCUGGAUGCAGCGAUGGGAUUUGUAAAAGAAAUGGGGCAUGUACCUGUAGGCUGAAAUACACAGGUUCACAUUGUGACUCGUGCGAAAAAGGAAGAUACGGUGUUAAUUGUAAACACGAAUGCUCUGUAGGUUGCAUCACAUCGUCCUGUGGAAAAGAUAAUGGGUUCUGCAAUUGUCUUCCUAAUUUUAAUGGCAAACAAUGCUUGUUAUGUACAGACGGAUUCUAUGGGACAUCUUGCCAACUCCAUUGCUUUGAUAAAUGCAUCAACAAGGCAUGUUCAAUGUCAGAUGGCAAAUGUACUUUCGGAUGUAUGGAUGGGUUCACUAGCGAUAACUGUACAGCGCAUUGUCAUGCGGACUGCAGGGCAUGUGCACAGCACGAUCCGUUAAUAUGUACUUCGUGUUUCAAUGAGUUUAGUGGGACAAACUGCAAAUGUCCUCCGAACUGCAAUUGUGCAUCGGGAAGUGACAUUUGUUUGUCGUGUAACAACACCUACAUGUAUCAUGAUAAGCAAUGCAAAUGUCACGCACAGAAAUGUUGCAUUGACCAGGGAUGUAAUGAAUGCAUCAAUGCGAAAUAUUUUUCUUAUAAGAAUAGUUGCUGCGAAUGUCCAAAUUCUUGUAAAGACGGACUUUGUUCGUCAGGACACAGUUGUCAAAAUGGCUGUGAAGAUUUAUUCUACGGAUCGUUUUGUUCCUUGAAAUGUACGGAUAUUGACAACAAAUGUUUCAAAUGUGCGCAAGUAGAUGGGUCCUGCUUACGAUGCACAGAAGGAUAUUUUCCAAAUGUAAAUGGAACGUGUAUGAAAUGCCUAUUAUCAUGUAAGGAGAAUGCGUGCGAUCCAGACAAUGGACGGUGUAGUAAAGGCUGUAAAGAUGGUUUAUGGGGUAUUCAUUGCACAGAAACGUGUAACCUUCUCUGCAAGACUUGUGACAGAAUGAAUGGUGAUUGUAUUGAUUGUGUACACCCAGUCUUAUAUGGACCGAUUUGCAAUUUGUCCUGCAGUUCUUCUUGUAUAAGCUCGAAAUGUAAUGAUGAUGGAGAAUGCUUAAACGGUUGCUCUGAUGGUUACACAGGAGUAAAAUGUGACACAGUUCAAAAGACCAGUGAAGACGUUCGAAGUAGUGCUGGGAUGGUUGUGGUCUGGGUUGUCGUAGGAAUAUCAGCUACUUUGGUGACUCUUGUUAUAAUAAAAAGGAGACACAUUGCGAUAAAGGUUAUCGGGGAAGUACGGUCAGCGAUUAAAAAUGGGCGUUCGAAAACAGAUAUCAAUAAUGUGUAUGAGGAUAUUGACGAUGUAACUGGUGAUCCUUCACAUAACCAGGAAUAUGAAAUGACACAAACAUCGACUGAAGGAGUUGAAAGGCGUUCUUGCCAAUAUUCAAAUACAACAUUACGACAGUGUUAUUGAUUAAUUGUGCAGCGCAAUGUUCAAUAAUCCUAACCAUAUGCGAGCACAUUAACAUAUUAACGGGAUGAUGUGAGAUGUAUGUAGCUGACACUAUGUUUAGCUAUAUUCGAAAAAAGAUAACCCACUUAAUUGUCUUUAUUAAGUAACAUUGAAAUAUUCAAGAGCGUUCCCGAGUAAUGUUACAGAUACUGUGUUUAGAUAAUUGAUCAACAAAAUGCAACGAGUACGCGGGAAUUCAACGAUAGUAGUGUAUAUAUAAGCGGUGUGUAGAGAACAACACAACAUUUGAAGACCAGGUCUACGCAUAAAAGUGUAAAACACGGACGGCUGACAGUAUGAUAUUGUGUUAUAAUUUCUGUAAAUGUAAUCUUGUGUAGCUGUGGCAUGUGAAUUAUGUGUAAACUCGAAUAGUCCCUAGACAGUGGGUACCCGUAUAAAUAAAAUCGGCAAACAUCUCGAUAAGUAUUGCUAUCGAUACCAUAUGUAAGAAAAACACUUAUACCUCUAAUCCACGAGUUGUGUUUGUAGACACGAAAACAGAACUUUACGAGGCAUUCUUUGCUUAAGACGACGUUAAUUAUUUGUUAUAGUCCUAAUACAAAAUGAAUGCAUGAUAUUUUCAAUGCAUAUGGCAUUAGUACAAUGAAAAACACAGGGAUAACUGAAAGACUGUUCCUGGUCAACGUCGUUAAUACAUGUGAACAUGAACUAUGUAGAGUAAAAUUAUUAAUCCUAGCCUAUGUCCGCGUGAUAAUUUUUGAAACGCAUAUGACGAGGCUGUUCCUGGUCGUCGUACUAAAAACAUGUGCACAUGUACUACAAUUAUGUAGUGAACUAAAUUAUGUAGUCAUAGCUCAGUGAGUACGCAUGAAUAUCUGUUCUGGAAAUCAAAGUCUGUCUUGAUACAUUGUUGAAACAUUAACAUGCGUUACGCGCUACUACAAGGACGUAAGGAGAUGCGAAAGCGGACAUGAUAAGAGUACAUUAACUGGUGUAUUUGGUACAUAAAAGGUCUGACUUAAAAAUGCCAAAUUAACCUUAUAAGUUUGAUUGCGUGAAAUACCAAAACGUGAGAUUCAGCGAGAAUUCUAA